GAUUAUUUUCAUCUAGAAAAAUCUUAAAGCACAUUCUAUAAAAAUCAUACAAUUCAGUAAUAGAACUCCUCUUUGAUCACUGUCAGCUUCUCCAUCAAAUGAUGUUACUUCCGAGUCAUAGUUUUUAAAAGUGUAUUGCACACGUUUUUUGUUAAAUUUAAUACAAAUGUGACAGGGCUGACAAAAACAUUAAUUGGGACAGUUGUAAAAUAGUAUUUAGUUGUAGAAUUUAUUCAUAAUUUUGUGUUUUUAAUCAGUUGAUGUGAAUGAUAACAACUUAAACUUCUUAUUUCUGAUUUUUUCCCCCUUCUAAAUAACAGUUUUUAGCAUAACAAAACUAUUACAGCUGUAGGUUCAGUUGAGCUCUGGACAAAGACAAUCUAACAAGGUUUGUACAUUUAUGAAGUGUUUUCAAUUAAGAACAAACAUCUGAGAAGUAAAUGAACGACAUGUUUCUUUACAAAACACACCUCACAGAAGUUAAUCAUCAGUCCAUUUUAUACAUUUUUGAGAUGAAAUACUUUUUUAUUCACUGUAUUUAUGUUUUUAUUUUAGGAACGAUCAUGUACGUUUCUGAUAAUGAAUGUCCAUUAUCCAGUAAUAAAAGCGUUUUCUUUUGAUUGACUCAGUCAUGGUUUUUGAGGCUCACAAAACAAAAACAGUCAAAAAAGGCAGCGAUUCAUCUUCGUAGCUUCACUACUACCUUUGUCCAGCAUCUUAUUGGACAACAAUGACCUCCAAACACGCAGCAGCACCCCAAUCUUUCAUUGUCCAUUUCAAGCGCGUCCUUAUUUGGAGAACCACGCCAUUGGCUAGAAGGCGCGUCAAUCAGCCUUUAUGGUCCCGCCUCCUUGCUCAAAUAUCAAGCGGUGAAUGGUCAACAGUCGGGCUGGCUGCUACUGUCUGCUCGUAACCACAGCGACUUAAUCUGGACCUGGAUGCUCGCUGGAGGAACCUGUUCGCAAAAACAAAACCCCAAACACUCUCCCGAACAACUGCGGCGUUCAUGUCAGCGGAUAAAGAUGCUGCGGGCUUCGGUUAGCGCGUUUCACCUGGGCGACCGGAGAGUUUGGUGGAUGUGACAUUGCUGGAGGUUUUUGUUCUGGUCCCGGACGCAGACCAGCGUUGAUCGUGAGCGCAGAGAUGAUGUUGAGUCGCCUGAUGAGUGGAAGCGUCAGAAACCUGGAGCGGGAAUACAUGUGCACGGUCAGACUGCUGGACGAUACGGAGUAUACCUGCACCAUUCAGAGGGAUGCCAAAGGCCAGUAUUUGUUCGACCUCAUCUGCCACCAUCUAAACCUGCUGGAGAAGGACUAUUUUGGCAUUAGAUAUGUCGAUCCGGAUAAGCAACGGCAUUGGCUGGAGUUCACCAAGUCAAUUUCGAAGCAGAUGAAAUCACAACCUCCUUUUACCAUGUGUCUGCGUGUGAAGUUCUACCCACCAGAUCCUGCUGCUCUAAAGGAGGAGAUCACCAGGUAUCUCGUCUUCCUGCAGAUUAAGAGAGAUUUGUAUCAUGGUCGUCUCCUUUGCAAAACAUCUGACGCGGCCAUGUUGGCAGCUUACAUCUUACAAGCUGAGAUUGGAGAUUACGACCCAGGAAAGCAUCCAGAGGGCUACAGCUCCAAGUUCCAGUUUUUCCCCAAGCACUCAGAGAAGCUGGAACGAAGGAUUGCGGAGAUUCACAAGACGGAGUUAAUAGGUCAAACCCCAGAGACUUCUGAGCUGAAGUUCUUGCAGAAAGCACAAAUGCUUGAAACAUACGGUGUGGAUCCUCAUCCGUGCAAGGAUGUAUCUGGGAACCCUGCUUUCCUCGCCUUCACUCCGUUCGGUUUUGUCGUGCUUCAGGGGAACAAGAGAGUUCAUUUCCUCAAGUGGAACGAAGUGACCAAACUGAAGUUUGAGGGAAAGACCUUCCAUAUAUAUGCAAAUCAGAAAGAGGACAAAAAGAUCAUCUUGACAUACUUUGCACCCACCCCAGAGGCCUGCAAGCACCUUUGGAAAUGCGGUGUUGAAAAUCAAGCCUUCUACAAGUUGGAGAAGUCGAGCCAGGUUCGCACAGUGUCCAGCAGUAACCUUUUUUUUAAAGGCAGUCGCUUCCGCUACAGUGGAAGAGUAGCCAAAGAGGUAAUGGAGCAGAGUGCAAAAAUUAAAAGGGAGCCUCCAGAAAUACACAGGGCUGGCCUGGUGCCUAGCAGGAGCUGUCCAUCUAUCACUCACGGGCCGCGACUAAGCAGUGUCCCUCGCACCCGCCGGAGAGCGGUACACAUCUCCAUCAUGGAAGGACUGGAAUCCUUGCGGGACAGUGCCCACUCCACUCCAGUGCGCUCCGUGUCCCAUGGCGACUCCUUUAUGCCACGUUCGCGAAGCCAGAUGACGGACUCCGGUGACAGGACAGCGAUAAUCUCUGAUGAGAGCUACAGUCCCUCCGACAGCGUUCUGCCCACACCAGUAGCAGAGCACAGCCUGGAGCUGGCAGUCUCACGCCAGAUCAACGGCGCCCCCUGCAGCAUAGAGGAGGAGAAGGAGUCGGAGGCGGGUACGCCCUCCGUGGGCGAUGUGGCUGAAUUUGGCGCAGACAGUAGGGCGGCGGGCCCCAUGCAGAUCGCUGGCAGGGAGGCCCCGCUCAGUGAAGCUGAACAGGUGAAUAAGUUUGUUUUAAGUGUACUCCGUCUGCUCCUUGUGACCAUUGGACUCCUCUUUGUCUUGCUCCUCCUCCUCAUCGUCCUCACCGAGUCCGAUCUUGACAUUGCAUUUUUACGUGAUAUCCGCCAGACCCCCGAGUUUGAGCAGUUCCAUUACGAAUACUUUUGUCCCCUCAGACGGUGGUUUGCCUGCAAGCUCCGCUGGGUGGGCGGGCUGCUCAUUAACAAGUGAAAUUGAGGCACUAAAGCGCAUAAAGCCUCCCUUGUUGGGGUCGAGAAGAUGCUAAACACGUGGAGAGAACGAGAGAGACAGAAGGAGGGCAUCGACCUGUCCCAUGAGCCCAGCUUCUUUCAUGACACUCCUGCUGACACGUGGUGGUGGACUACCAGGCCCACAGCUCCUCUUCUCUUCCACUUUAAGUUCUUUCUCCCCCUCCAUUUUUAAUUUUUUUCGUCUUUUUUUUUGUCAUUUUUAUUUUGCUUUUGAUUUCCACUUUUUGGAUUUCAGGUCAUUUCAGGUAUUUUAUUUUUACAAAAAAAGAAAAAAAGAAAGAAAAAAAUUCAAAGACUUGAGAAGAUUUUAUCGUUCCUUAAAUAGGAAAUAUGAAAUAUUUUGUUGCAACGAGAACGUUGCCUUCAUUUAUAUUUAUUUUACAAUAAUACUUGUUAAAGUCUUAUUAAAUGUGGAGGAAAGAGAUAAGUUGAUACAGUAUAGUGGGUUUGGAAAGUAUGAGAAUGUGGGAAACCAAUGCUUUUCUGAGUUUAUGCAUUAUUCAUAUCACCAGUCAUUUAAUACUUAAUGAUUUUCUGAAAGCUGCUAUAAUUUACCACAUCAAUGAUCAGAUCAGCAGAGGGUUAUAUGUAAGGUAAGAAUGUGCAAGUUAUUUUGAAAGUAAGACUUGAGGAAAGACUGGAAAUUAUUUUAAUAAAAUUAAUGGGUACCUUUGAGUUCUGUAUUUGGUGGAGUUUUAGGGUGUCCGAUGCGUUUUAGGACUAUACUAGUGUGUAGGCGAUAGCAAGCUGUGAAGUAGAAAUCAUAAAAAAAAGGUUCUUUCUAAUGAAUUCAGAAAAUGAAUUGGUAUAAAUUGUGUUCUGUCACGUGACCCAAUAGUGUCAGUAUAUGUUAAAGAGGUUUUCAUGACUGAUAUAAAAGCAACUAGCACCCAUAGAUCAAGUCUAGCUACAGUAGAUGUGCAAUACUGCAAGGGAUUGGUUUAAGAAAUUAGUGCAUACUUUGUUUUCUUGAGUAUGUGCAUUUGCUUCAUUAUUAUUAUGAUUAUUUUUGAAUUUUCCAUCUUGAGUCUUUCUGAACAGAAAGAAAUCCCAUUGUAUAAAGUAUUUUUUUAUUCCAUAUUAGCCUUGCUCUUAUGUUUGUAAUUUGUGGAGAUCAUGCUAUGAUUAUUCUUAAUUACAAUAAUAAUGCUGUACUUUUUGUACAAAGAAGUAGUUAGUUUCCUAAUAUAUCGACAGUUUUUCCAUGUAUAUUUUAACAGAAACUGAAAUGUUAUUUUGUUAUUGAAAAUUAAAUUAUACCUUUUUUAGCUCUGUGUUUCAGAUGAGGUCUAGAAUAUGUGGUAUAUCUGUCAAGGGAGACAAAAGAAAGAGUUUUUUUUAAACCAAAUCCACAAUCCAUUUCCAAUUCAGUCACUUAACCAGCAAUGAAAAAACAGUCCCUGUGCUUUGUAUAUUGGUAAAGGCCCUGCAUUUGAACACUUAAUCAGUUAAUACGCAGUUUAUCUGAAAGGCUGUGUGUGUGUGUAUAUGCUCAUUUUUGGCAAUAUGUACUAAAAGGUCAAGUCUUCAGUACACUUGUCCUGACUAGUCUAAGAUGUCUUUAGUGUUUAUUUAAAGACACCAUUCUUCCAGUGGCAUGCCAGUUGGACAGGGAUUUUUACCAUACACCACCUCUUAUGCCUGUCCUUUUGAAAUUGCUAUGAUAUAAUUGUUUUUGCAUUUUGGAAAAUAGAGGAUGUGAAUUAAAGCAUUCACAAAGACUAGAUUUCUGUGUACAGUUCAAUUAAGAGCAGGAUUGAGAUACUUGUAGUAAUUCAUUAUUAUACAAAGCGGGGUUUCAUUGGUAUUCAACAAGCUUCAUUAUAGCAUUAUUUUUGUGGCUUAAAUAGUGCUGGUAUUUAAAAAGAACACAUUUUGAGCCACCCAUCACAACUUGCUGUCGUGUAUGAGGUCAGAAACAAUGAAGCCUGUUUGGUGCUAGUGAACUUGGUUAAUUACUGUCAGAGAUGUUUUAAGAAGUGUAAUAGUAAUGUUUGCAUAACCACUUCAUAGAACUACUGUCUUCCACCAUUACCGGAGAAAAAGGUUCAUUGGAAACAGUAGCGAAAACUGUUGGAACUGCUAAUACAUGGGAAAGAGAGAGAGAGAGACCCAUUGGAGUGAUGCAUGUCUCUUACAAUGAGAAGUAUUCAUGCAUGCAUUUAUAACAUCUCCAAUGUGCCAAAUAAUACAGCAUUGUGGCACUUAAGUCCAUUUAUAUUUUUUGAAUAAUCUGAUUUAAUGGUUGUUUUGGCAGUACAAUAAUAGAACUGAUGGCCACUUGCAUGCCAUUGAUGAAGGAAUUUGGUUCAGAAUAUCAGAAAGGCUGGCGGGGUUUGAGCAGGAGGGGUUUGGGAAAAGACUGGAUUUUACUCAUUGACAGCAUUAUGUAGCUUCAGUGGUCAGUCCUGCAUGGCAGCACCAUUCAAUAAGCAAUACCCCAAUUCUUUGGAAUGAAUCGUUUUGGUGGUUUUUGUGCUGUUGUGUAGCAAGUCAGACUACCUGCUGUUUUCUAAGGAGUUUGGAAUGAAUCCAUUUAAUUGGAGUUGGACACGAUUUUAACUAAACGACUCAUUUUAUAUGAUGAUUAUUGCCAAAAUUUGCUACAUUUUAUACUCAUUGUAAGCACUUGUCAUCUUGUUUGGAUCCUGAAGCCUAUGUUUCUCUUCGUCCUUGAAAUCCCAUUGCACACAUUUAAACUAGCGCAGGCUCGAUGACUCAAGGGCGAUUGCUACUACUGUCCUUGUAGGCUCCUACUUUUUACUUUUGUCUCUAAAUAGUUUUCUUGUAAAGUACAGAAUGGCCAGGUUUGACUGUGAUGAAUGAAAGGGUCUUAUAAAGGACAAUUGCCAGCUAAACUGGCUAAACUGGAUCAUCAUUUCUUGAAACUAACUGGGUUAUUGUACAAGGUCCCUCUGUGAACUUUGUAUAGAAUCAAUUUCAUUCUGCUUAGUGCAUAAAUAGAGAAGGUUAAGUGGAAGCUGAACAUUUACCAUGACAUCAAAUGAACAGUAGGUUUUCAGGAGUAUUACUGUAAAUCUCUGGCUUAAAAAUGUAUACAAUAGCAUGUAUAAAAUGAUGAGUCAUAUCAACCCUUCAAAGAUGUUUAUUUAAUUGUUCAAGAUCUGGGAUUGUUGGCUACAGCUGCUGAUCUUCAUUGCUAUUAAAGUCAAGAAGUCCUCCAAAUGCCUCUUCGAUUAGUUUGGUUUAAUUUUGAUGAUCAUUCUACCAGGGACUUUAAACUUCAUCAUCAUCAUCAUCAGGAUGAAUGGCCCUUACAUGCUUGCAUACAGUCUCCCAAAUUAUUUGGUAAAAUCUGACUUCACCUGAACCGUAGCUUUAAGAUCCACUAUGGCGCAGAGGUCCAGUAAAUAUCAUUGGUGGCAUCACGCUUUAUUUACUGUACUGUGCUUCUGUCAGUUUGCCAGUCCCCUCAACAGCUAUGCAUUUACAUGCACAUGUGUUGAUGCAUAGAUGCGUGUUUGUGGGCGUGUUUUUCUGUAAUAUGCAUAUUUUCUAUUUGGGACUGAAUGUCGCUGUUUAGUUCCUUAAUAUAUGAAUAUUAAAAUAUAUACAGCAUUUAUGUGCCAAAUGCAGUUCCUGUUAAGUCAGAUUCAUUCCAAAGUCAUCAUCUUUGUACUGUAGGAAACCUUCCAUGAAAAUGGUAUAAGAAAUUGUUUCACUGAUAGUCCCUUGUAACUGGUGCCAUGGAAAUAUUCAAACUUGAAAUAAACAUUCAAAAGUGUUUA